GGCCUCGUCUUCCUCACUCCACCGCUCUGAAUACCCACGCGCUAAGCGCACCCGCGAAUCUACCCACGCAGCGGGCCGCGAGCCGCGAGCGAGCGGGCCAAAGAUGCUGCAAGUGGCGUGGGCGGUGGAGGUGGAGGCGGAGGCGGAGGCGGUCGCUCCAAUGGUGGAGUCGUGAGGCGCUCGGGGAGGGAGGAGAGGGCGGCAGUGGUGGUUGCGGCUGCGAGCGAGCGGGAUGAUUCGGUACCAGAUACGGAAUGAGUACGGGCUGUCGGAUCCGGAGCUGUACGCGGCGCCGGGGGUGGAGGAUGACCCGGAGGCGCUCCUCGAGGGCGUCGCCAUGGCCGGCCUCGUUGGCGUGCUCCGGCAGCUGGGGGAUCUCGCAGAGUUUGCAGCUGAAAUUUUUCAUGACCUUCACGAAGAUGUGAUGGCGACUGCUUCUAGAGGACAUGGUUUAAUGCUCCGGUUGCAGCAGCUAGAGGCAGAAUUUCCAGCAGUUGAGAAGGCACUUGUCUCCCAGACUGACCACUCAAAUUAUCCACAUGAUGAUGGUGUCAGCUGGCAUGCUAAUCUUCAACUUAAACAGAAUAUGAUCACACAAGGAGACAUGCCUCGCUUCAUUUUGGAUUCGUAUGAAGAAUGCCGUGGCCCACCACACUUGUUCACUCUGGAUAAGUACGCAGAUGUUUCUUAUAUGCAAAUUUACAACGAACAUGUUUUCUGCAAUUAUGCACAUGGAUUGUUCUUCAGGUUUGAUGUUGCUGGUGCUGGAGCCUCCUUAAAACGAUAUUCAGACCCCUCUUUCUUCAAGACAGAAUCCAACAUGUUAGAAAUGGAUGUUUCAAUUGAAAAGAAGCAUCGUAGAGUUAAGAAGAAGGCUAUGCGUUGGCGGAAAGGGGCAACACUUGAAUCAUUACUCAUUGAAAACUCCGAAUCUCACAUUACCCCCAAGGAUCGAACUUCUAGGAAAGUUCCACCUAGGACAACAAAGUUGAAAUCCAGGCAUCCACGGAGUCCUGAUCAUAAAACUAUUAGUAGAAUAUGCAGGGAACAUCUGCUCGAAGUAAUUUCAUCACAACAAAAAAUUUUGUCCAGCUAUUCUGGAUGGCAGUACCAUGUGAAAUUUAGGUCAACUGACUCAAGUGAAAUGGAGAAUUAUGGUGCCACUGUUCAAUCUUCAGGUAAACUGGAACAGACUAAAAUUGUUCCAAUAAACGAAUCUGAUACCAUGGAGACUAUAUCUGCACCCACUGAUGGAUCACCUUACCUGGAGCUAGGCGAUAAACAAGUUCUCGGGAAACAACAUGAACCUUUAGAAAAAGAUGGCAUGAUCCUUGACUCAGGAAAGCUGCAGGAUUGUCCAAACUUCCAGGUUGGCGAAAGUAAUCACAGCUCGCAUUCAGGAGAUGAAGCGAGACAUAUAUUAGCUGGGGUUCCUCCUGAUCAAGAUGCUAAUGUCUGCAGACCUGAUGACAUUUGUAGUGAUCAAGACAACUUCAUUGAUGCUCUUAACAACAUGGACUCAGAAGGUGAGGCAGAUCCUGAAAUAGAAACUGAAUCUGAUCCCAGUGCCAACGUGGAGCGGACUGAAUUGAACUGUGACAGCAAGGAAGGUAAAGAUGCGUUGCAUGUGGAGUCUCCAGAAGUAGGUCCUACAAUAGACUCUUCAUCAGGGUUCAACAGUUCAUGCUUUGUUGGAGAACCAACCUGCACAGACUUGCCAAGUGAUUAUGCUCCUCCGGCAGUGUCAGCCACUAAUGAUCCAAGUUCUGGUUCACAAUCUGGAAGACAAUUGAAUGGAGUUGAUUGGACUAAAGGUGAAGAGCCUUUUGAUGAUAAGGAUCUAAUGGAUGUGAGUUCACCAUCUAGUGUAGCUUCCGACAAUGCGGACUUACAAACCAAUGAAAAUCUCUAUGGUUGUCAACAUCACCAAGAGGAAACUUAUCACUAUCAAAGUGGUGAUCAUGCAGCUGUUACCCAUAGUUCUGAUAAACAUUCACCCACGACAUCUAGUGGUUUGGAUGGUAUGGUUAUCAGCAGCAACGAUUACACGGACAAAGUAUAUCAUUCCGUGGAGCAUGGCCAGGAUGAUACUUCUAUGUUAUUGAGCAAACAUAACGAUGUUUCAGAAGAUGAAGACAAACUCAGUUUUGGGAUUGCUGAUGAUUUACAGGAGAUGGAUAAAGAAUUAGGAGGUGGAUCUCUAGAUACAGAUACGUCAACUGGCAUACUUGCAUCAUGGCCAGAUAUGGACCAUGUUAUGUGCAUGAAUGAUGUAGAGAUGAACAAGGCCAGUGUUACAGUUCCUGAAGAAAUUGAUACUGAUACUGCCCUAACAGGUUUGGAUCAUGAUGACAACCAUCAUCAUCAAGAUGGAAUUGCACCAGAACAUUCAGGCAUGGGCAAUAAUCUACCACGUGGAUCAAAUAAUGAUAAGAUUGCUGAAGACAUGCAUUCUUUACCAGACAAUGGUCUAUCAACUCCUUUUAAUAAGGAUAUUGCAGACGAUAAACAAAUAGUUGUGCUUGAAGGAGGCACUUGUCCAACAAGCCUCAGCACACACAAAGAGGAUUCUGUGCAAGCAUCUGCCAUGGCCAGGGACUUCUCUGGUGUUCAAGAGUUUGCAGCAGUAAUUCAAGGUGUACCUUCUCAGGAGGAGACAGAAACUCAUGCAGGAGAGACACUUGCACCCGAGUCCUGUGUGUUCAGUGAUGAUACAGAACCAGUGGAGAUUAGCGUGCUUCUAUCCCCUAGUACUUCCUCUAUACCUGACAACAGUAGUUCAUCUGUAGAACAGCAUGCAUUGACUGAAAUGAAAGACCUUGCAGAGGGUGGCGAAGUUGUGGUUGCAGAAGAAUCAACUACUAGCAGGUUUGCAGAUGAUAUGGUACCUCCCAAAGUGGAGUUCAGUGAUGCUACCUUAUGUACUGAAAAAACAGAGGUUCUCACUUCAAAUUCAGCUGAAGAAGGCUCUAGGCAUGAUCUGCGACUACAGUCUAGUUCUCCUAUAAAGGAAGGGUUGGAAACAGUAGAAGCUACCCACAGAAAUCUUGGGGAAGUAGAUACAUCAAGAGAAUGUAUCUCUAAAAAGAGUAUGUUUCAGACAGAAAAUGUUCCUCUUUGUGAAAUAGAGCCAACAGGUGAAAAAUGUAGUGACAGGGAUGGUAUUCAGUUUCUUUCCUCAGCACAUGUUCCAGUAGAAUCUGAUUAUCAAGAGGAAUUACUAGAGGAGGCCAGUCAUAAUGCUGAAGUCCUCUCUUUGUGUGAGUUGUCCAAGGAUGGUGCAGUAAGUCCGAAAAGUAACACACUGGAGAAACAACCAGAGAAUGUUGGUCAAGAUUUCGCUUGGGGGAUGCCUGAUCAAGAUUCUAGUAGUACAAACCCAUUCUUGGAUCCUGCUUACAUGAUGCGCCACACUCAAUUUUAUCCCUCUCCCAGUAUGACUGGCCAACCGUGUUCCCCUGAAGAACAGGAUUUUCCUUCAGAACUUCUAAUACAACAUGACAGGAUGGGAGCAGCUGUUGAUUCCCGUUGGGAACCUGCGACUCCACCUGAUGAAGCGCCGUUAGCAUCAGAAGUUAUGACUGAAGAAGAUUUCAGAUCCUUCCUCCAUGAGUAUCAUGAGAUAGAUUUUUCAGCUGGCACUGAAGGUUGUUACAGUGAACCUGCCUCAGAAUUCGACAAUAUUUCAAAUGCUAUGGUCAGUGAAUCAGAUUUUCCAUGUUCUCUUUCUGCCUUGACAGUGAAGUUAGACCAGGAAGCAUGUGUUCAUUCUAAGUUUGGUUCUCAGUGUGCUGAAUGUUCAUCUACUAUGGAUAUACAAGGUGCUACAUCAAUGACAUUUUCUGGAAAAGAAGAUCUCAAGGAUGAGGCACCAGGAGUAGAUUCUCAUUUAAAAUCUCAUGCGUCUUUCGGUGAUAACAGAAGUCCUGAAUUAGAUAUACUCUCUGUUCCAGUGGAUUUACAACAGGAACAGCAUCUGUUGUCCCAAGUUGAUUCUCAUGGGUCUCCUUUGUCGGAUAGAGAGAAGACUGAUGAAGAAUGCUGCUUCCCUUCAAGCAACGUUAUUGAAGUGAAACAAGAUCUGGAAGUUCAUGCCGAUCUUGUUCCACAUUCUUUUAUUAAUGAAAAUGUAGAGGAGCUGGAUGUUGUUGUCCCAGUGGAACCAGAGGUAGGAGCUCGUGCCCUGGAUGAAUAUGAUAACCAGGAUAUUCCUUGUUCUUCAACUAGAGAGAAGAAUGAUACCCUUACUUUGGGGAAACCUGUUCUAGUCCAGGGAUCAGAAGUUUGUGCCCUUGGAGAAUUCGGUUCUCCGAUUGUUCCAUCACCGUCAAUUGAUGAGAUUGAAGACAAUUUAGAAGCCUCUGCUUUGAGGACUUCUUUUCAAGCAGAACAAGACUCAGAAUGUUGCACCUCAGGUGAACAUGAUUCUCAAAUCACUCUAUCCCCUUUGCUUGAUGAUAAGAUUAAUGAACUGGAUGGCCCUGCUUUGAGCAAUACAGCCAUAGUGGAUAAGAAAUCAGAAGUUUGUGAUCCGUGUGGACUUAAUUCUCGAAUCACUCCAUGUUUUUCAACUGAGGAAAAUAUACAAGAAUUAGAUCGCUCUCCUUUGAGCAGUUCUGUUUUAGUCGAUCUUGAAUCAGAAGAUAAUGUCUCAGGGGACUGUGAUUCUGAAGUUACUCCAUGUUCCUUGGUUGUAGACAAGGUUAAUGAAUCUGAAGAUGUUCAACCAAAUCUCAUUUUCUCUGAGGAACAAGAGCAAGAAGCUCAUGCAUCCCCUGAAUUAGAUUUUCAUGUUGCUCCAUGUUGCUUGAAUGAUGAUAAGGUUGGUGAAAUAGAAGGUCCUCCAGAAUGCAAUGGCCAGGUGAGACCAGAGAAGGAAUCUGAUUGCUCAACUGAAUUUGAUUCCCAAACUGCACCAUGUUCUUCAAAUUCACCAGUACUAGCUGACACAAGUGCAUUGGCUUCUACUCCUGCCAUGGAAACAUAUCAGUUUUCUCCUUGUCUGCCACCUGCUGUACAAUCUCAAAAUGAUUCCUACGAAGAUCCCCAAGCUCAAGCACCUCCCCCUCUCCCUCCUCUCCAGUGGAGGCUUGGAAGACCUCGUCUAGGGCUUCUGAGUGGAAAAAGCUCUAUGCCUGAGCCUGCAAGGAGAAUAGAUCCAGUUUUGCAGGCAUCAAGCCAAGACAUGGAUAUCAGAUUAGGUUUGCCCGAUCGAGUGGAUAGAUCAAUAGAACCAGUAUCCUCUCAAGCGAUCAAAGACAAUACAUAUCGGAGUUCCUUGUUAGAUGAUAAUGAUCACAAUGUAGAAUUCGAGAGGUCAUCAACCAGUGUUGUAGUAACUGAUGUUGCAAGGACUGAACGCUGUUGGCAAUUCUCAGAAGCUUCAGAGAACAUUAAACAACAGGGCAAUGUUUGGUCAUCAUCACCAGGAGUAGAUGAUCCUGUGGAUGCUGGGGUCGCACCAGCAGCAGCAAAUGAUUCUGGGACGACACAUGAAAUAGCCUUAUACUCAUCAAACCCUGUGUUUCCAUUACCUACAGAUGAACAGCAGGACCCUCAACUGUACAUCUUAUCUUCAGAUUCUAAAGAAAAUAGUGGGAAUGGCAACCCAAUGGAUGUUGCUGGUGACAUGGAAAGCAUCUCAAUAAAAGGGCACGAUUCUGAAAAUAGGUGUUACCAGCAACCUUGGGAUGUUGAAUCGUUCUCAGGGACUUCAGACCAUGAAGAGCAUAUUACAAAUGCAUCAGAGGGUGGUGGAAAACAUCAGUCUAGUGCAAGUGAGGCAAUUUUGGACACUGAAAAACAUUCUGCAGCAGGCACGUUGUUGAAUGAAGGGAAUAGCCAAGAGAGUCGACAUUUACAGGAACAAAAGAUGGGUAGUUUUGAGCACGACCAGUCGGAAGGCUCAUUGCCCAGCUCAGAAUCAAUGGCACCUCAAGAUUAUCCACAUGAUGAAUAUAAUUUGGAGAGAGAAAAUAGCCACCGGCCUAGCAACCCAGGCCCAUUAGUGGCAUGGCCUGGUGAUAAAAGUAACUUCUUCAGUGGUCUUGACGAAGCUAGCUUGGGACAUGCUGAGCAGCCACCUCUGUUGGGAUGGACUGUUGGACCUCAGAUGAUUCAUCCUAAGUAUGGUAUGUCAGUAGAAGACAACUUCGAGCCAAAUAUCACCAAUAAUCAUUUAAUCAAGAAGCCUAUUUCGAUAAAAAACAUCCCAAGGAAUCCACUGGUUGAUGCUGUUGCUGCUCAUGAUAGAAGCUCGAUGCGAAAGGUUUCAGAGCUUGCACCAUCAACUGACAAGCCAAAGCCCAACGAGAGAAACCUGUUGCUAGAGCAGAUAAGAAACAAGACCUGCAGCCUGAAACCAGUGGCUCCUGCUAAGCCAAUAGCCAUGGGAUCUCCUGCUAGAGCCAAUACUAGAAACUUGAAGGUUGCUGCAAUCAUAGAGAAGGCAAAUGCCAUCCGACAGGCAGUGGGAAGUGAUGACGAAGACGCAGAUAGUUGGAGUGACGCAUAGAUGCUCAUCUUCAUCUUUUGCCCCCUCGUGGUGUUCUUUCCAACGCGGAAAGAUGCCAAUUCAUCAAGGACAUCGUCUACAUGUCGGGGUUGCACAGCCAUGUCAAUUUUUGGUUAGCAAUGGUAGUCUCCUGUAUAGCAGGGGCGAAGCCGGCCGAAAAUCUCACCGGGGUCUGCAGUGUUGGAUAAUGGGGUCAUCUACCAUAGUGUACAGUAAUUUUCUAUAGGAUAUGCUGAAAUUCGUCGGGGUCUGACGACCCCAAUGCUAAAGGGCAGCUCCGCCCCUGCUGUAUAGUAUAUGCUCAUAAUCUUUUUUUAACCCAUUCUUCUCUUAUUCUUUCGACCGAUUAUUUGUAUACUUAGCCUCUCCCAGCAGCAAAGGCUGUUUUGGGGGACAUGAUCCGGGGAGAGCAUAUGCAUAUUCUUCAGGUCUAUGUAAAUUAAACAGUUCUAAUCAAACAGAUCUAUCUACUUAGUAGGAUUCUGGCAUCAA